GAAAUUACAGUUUCUAUUCAUCUUUGCACCAAGUUUUAGCAGUUCCAAUUUAUUUACUUAUUAGUUUUUUCAUUCCGUGAUCUCCUUGCGCUUAACUUCAAAGGAAAAUAUGAAAAUCUUUGAGAUUCCUUGCUUAGAAGACAACUACUCGUAUCUGGUCAUAGAUGAAAGCACAAAAGAGGCGGCAGUGGUGGAUCCUGUGGAGGCGGAGAAGGUGGUUGAAGCGGCAAAUCAGCAUGGUGUUGUCCUCAAGUUGGUUCUGACCACUCAUCACCACUGGGAUCACGCUGGUGGGAAUGAUAAGAUAAAGCAGUUGGUGCCUGGGAUUAAGGUAUAUGGCGGUUCCCUUGAUAACGUUAGGGGUUGCACUCAUCAGCUCCAAAACGGUGAUACCUUGUCUCUUGGCUCUCAUCAAAUUUUGGCUCUCCACACCCCUUGCCACACCAAGGGUCACAUUAGUUACUACAUCACAGGCAAAGACGGUGAGGACCCUGCUGUUUUUACUGGAGAUACCCUUUUCAUUGCUGGUUGCGGGAAGUUUUUUGAAGGCACAGCCGAACAGAUGUAUCAAUCACUCUGUGUAACAUUGGGUUCACUGCCGAAGCCAACUCGUGUCUACUGUGGCCAUGAGUACACAGUGAAGAACCUGCAAUUUGCAUCUACGGUCGAGCCAAAAAAUGCAAGGAUACAGCAGAAGUUAACAUGGGCUAAUGGUCAGCGACAAGCAGGUUUACCUACCAUCCCUUCAACCAUUAAGGAAGAAAUGGAGACGAAUCCAUUUAUGCGAGUUGACCUACCCGAACUUCAGGGGAGCAUAGGUUGCCAGUCUCCUGUUGAAGCACUCCGGGAGAUAAGGCGGAUGAAGGACAAUUGGAAAGGCUGAUUAUGGGGUUGCCUCAACACUACCAACUACAAAGGAGAAAUGGUAGGACUCAUCAUUUUCCUCUUCUUUUGUUUGUUAAGAAUAAGAAAAGAUGUUGGUGUGCUGCUGAAAGGGGCUUGUUAGAUGAGUUUGGAACCAACUUGGUUGUUUUGUUUUGUGGACUUGGUAAUUGGCUAAUUGCUUCUGUUUCUCGUGGA